UAAAAUUUCAAAUGUCAUCAAUCGUUUGAAACCCGCUCCUUGAUAGUCAAAAAGACUCUGAUACUCUUAAUACAAAUAGCGACUAUUGAGAAGAAGAUGAUGGAUAUGAAUCAUCUCCUAAGGAGAUCGUACGCAAGGUAUCUUUUCUGAACUUUAUUCAGGCUGCCCAGGAUGUUCAUAGAAAUCAUUGAGCUGAAAAGGAAAAUGCUCAGCUGAAUAAUCAAGCUUUCAAGAGAAGCAGGCAACCAACUUUUGGAGAAAAAUGAGACUUAAAUCUCUCUGAAGAAAGUUGCUAUGAACAUUCUUUAACCAAAGGGAAAUAACUCAGAUACUAGCUGAGUUCCUUCAGUGAUAGGGCAGAAUGUUGAACUGAGUUUUGUGUCACCAGUGGCUGAGGAUAUCAAUGUGAUGAAUAAUUUGCCAAAUGUUCCUCCAAAAUUUAUACCCAAGAAUUUUAACCAACCUCCAAACCAAGGAAUUACUGUUGUGCAAAGAAGUAAAGUAAGGUAUCAAGAAGAAGAUUUGUUCUGUGACGAGGAGCUGAGUAAAGAAUUAAUCAGUCAAGACAAUUAUAUUCAGUCUGAGCAAGACUAUAAUGAAUACUUAGAGAAUUUUCAUAAUCUUAUUCAUAAUGAUUCUGAGAAUUUUGGUAAAAUUUCAAAUAUCUCUCAAUACGAUCAGAAGCUUAAGUCUGGAGAGAAAACUGACUUUCAUGACGAGGUUGAUGAUUUUAUUCGAUGCCCAUUUGCCUAUAAUGACCAAUCAUAUGAAACUUCCAAUUUUGAGCUUGAUCAAGAAAGUUUCAGAGAAGACACUCCCACUGAAGAUCUUGACUGAGAUGAAGAUUGUAAACCUAACUGACUCCCUGUUCUUAAAAUUCCAAGGGCAUUUUCGAUAAAUAAGAGCGAAAUCCCAACUGAAAAAGAUGUUUUUGAUGUGGAAUGGUCUCAAUUUGGCAAAAAUUUGCCUGAAAAAUCUCCAGUGAUUAAUAAAUUCAUGAAUAUGGAAUUUAGAAGCAUCACCCCCAACACAAAAGGAAUGCUUAAUCAGCCUAAAACUCGCAAAAAUAGUGAUGAAAAGCUCUAUUUCACUUUCAGAAAAUCAUCUACAGACUCUUAUCAUCGCCCAGUACCUUCUCGUAUUGCUAUCCCACCAAAACUAAAUAGAAAUGAAGGAAACAUCAAAAUUGAAGAAACUCCAGUGAACCACAACAAAGACAAUAAAUUCUCUCUCAUAAACCGCACACCAGAAUCAUUAUCUAAAAUGAGCCCUAUGAUGAAGAAAAGUUACCCAAAACUAUACCAAAACAGCAUCGAAAAUUCAUCUAAAAAGACUCGUAAUUUACAAAACCAAAAUUCCCUUUACUCCUUGAACCCUCGCCAAAACUCAAGCAAGAUAAAGUUCUGCUUCCCUCAGCGCACAAACACGCUAUGAAUAAGUUCUUCUCUUCGACCUGCCUUCAAAAGACUGCGACUGAGCCAGAUCAAGAACAACGUAAUUUCAAACUUAAAGUAAAGUUUCAACUUGA